AUGUCCAAACAACAAACCAUUGAUGAGCAUCUUAAAGACAUUCAUAUUAGCAAAGAAAUAAUCAGUACAUGUGCCAUACUUUCUGAUUGUUGUUACUCACAAGACCCUGUUGAACAUAUUGGCAAUUAUUCUGGUUGCAAUGUAAUAGUUGAUCAACUUGUUAAAUCAACUGACAUGAAUAUUCACCCCUUUCUAAUGGCUGAAUCAUCAGAUCCCAAAAUUUUGUACGUAGCAUUCAAGGGUAGUGAAACUGUUUCAGACAUUUUGGCAAAUUUAAAUUGCUUUCCGACCUCUUUGGAGGAAAGCAAUGGAUCUUACCAUAGAGGCUUUAGUGCAAAAAUAAGUGCUAUGCAAAUGAAUUUUUUCAUUGAUUAUUUAGAUAAAGGCUACAAGGUAGUAUUUUGCGGACAUUCAAUUGGAGGUUCUCUAGCUGGAUUGGCUGCUAUUAGAGUGCUCCACUCAAAGCCUAAAAAGAAAGAACAUGUCUAUUGUGUGGGAUUUGGAGCUCCACUUUUUGCAUCUAGUGUGGUCAAGGAAGAAAUUUCCAAAUACUCAAAACAAUUUCUAUGGUUUCUCUACGAAAAAGAUUUGGUACAACCUUGUUUACUAGCACUUCAACAAAUAGCAAACUAUUCUGAAAAACCUACCAAACACUCAUCUCCUAUCAAGGUAGAUCAAGUUAAUUUUGUAAAGUUGUUGGUGGAUGGAGUUUCCACUUUUGAUACUCUAGUUGACUCGUUUAAACAGAUUUCAGAUUACGUAAACGAUGAUUUGUUCACUUUCUCUGGAUUAUUUUGGAAAUUAGUUACAAUGGCUACUCCCAAGCUAAAGUCAAACUUCCCGACAAUAGCAACCAAAAUAAUUGAAUGGUUAACAUACUCAAAGAUUGGAGUAUUCUAUACAUUCAGUACUAGUGAAAUUGUCUCUUUCAAUGUAGAUGCGAUUAGUGCAUCAACAGGUGAGAUUACUGAUACUACCUUUUUAGAAAGGAGUAAAAUGAUUAGUUACAUCAAUGCGUUUCAUUCCCUCUUUGUAAUAUCAACACCCAACCAUAGAAAAGUUAAAAGUAUGAUGUUUGAUAUUUGUGAGAUCGAACCUUGCCUUACAAGAAUUGCUUCUAUCAAUGAAAACAGCAAGAUGAUUGAGAAACAAUUAGGUAAAUCUACUUAUUUUGUUUCAGAUAUGAAAGAUCGUUCAUUUAAAAUCCACAUUUCAGAUAGAAAUGGUAUUUUCAAAACAAUUUUAAAUAUGACCAGCUCUAAAACCAAUAUCUCCAUUUCAACGCCAGUAAUUAACUCUGAUAAUAUAUGUUUUACAAUCAAAUCAGACGAAAAACUUGAGGACAGUAUAAGCAUUCAGUUUGAGGUGAAUUAUUGGUUUGGAAAAACAUCAUUUGUGUUCGCAGUAUACUUUGCUAGACCUAGCCCAAAUAGUAAACAAGAAGUGGUAGUUUCCAGUAUGGAUCCAGUUAACCUAUUGUUUAUGGUUGUGAAGCAUCUUCACACUGGCAGAUUGUCAAAAAGUUCCUUAAGUUCGGAUUACCUAAAAAAGAUGCUUGAUAUUGAUUUCACAACUCUUCAAGAUGAAGAUUUUGAUAUUGACAAAGGUACACUUUUGAUGAAAAUAGAUAAUUUCAUUCAAAAGAUAUCCUCCUCGGAAGACAGCUCACUGCUUUCCUAUGCACUGUAUGGAAUUAUUGGCCUAGUUGGAUUGGGAGUGGCAGCUUACGGUUCUUUCCAUUUGUAUAAGUAUCUCUCAAUAAGUUCAAUACCAAGGGCAGGUAAUUCACUAAGAGGUGCAAGCGAAAGUAUUGGAAAAGGCUUGAGCAUAAAGAGUAUUCUUACCACCAUGUGUGUUGGAAUUGGUUCUUCAAGUUAUAUCAAUCUAGCCAUCUCUCAAAAACAUUCACACACCAUCCAAUCAUAUCUUGAUCUUUGCAAGAGAUUAUUCUAUUUAACAAAAGAAAAUUUGUCACCAUUUCAACAACAAAUUGUGAAUUACCGAUUGAUAGAAGAAACGAUUGAAAAAAAUUCAUUACAUUUGAAAGCAAAUGAAAAGAAUACUAAUGCUGUUACCAUGAUAAGCCGCUUUAAUGAAAUCCGAAAGGAACUUACCAAACAAAAAGUCACUAUUGCAAUUCAUGCAGAAAAUGAUAUUGCUGAAGUACUCGUAAAUUUCAUUCAAUUAUCACCUCUUGGCGAUCUUUGUUCAGUGGAUGUUAUAUCAGACACAUCAAGGAAAGUAAAACUGUCCUUUUAUGACCUCAUUAUUUUGAUUGUAGAAGAAGAUAGAAUGUAUGAGGAGGAAUGGAACAUAAUGGCUGCCAGUUUGGCUCUCUUAAUAGAGGGAGUUGAUGAUUGUUUGUAUUCAAAAGUAUGGCAAAUAAAAAUGUCAAAAGUUAAUGAUGAACUAGAUUGUAAUGAAAUUAUUCCACGAUUAUUUCUCGGAAGUGAAGAUGCUGCCUAUGCAGAUAUCAAUAUAUUAAAAGGAGAACCCUAUAAAUUCACUCAUAUUUGUGUAUGUGGUUUCGGGCUCAUUAAGAAACAUGAGAAAACAUCUCAAAUUGAAUAUUAUCAUAUCAAGGCUGUCGAUUUACCAGUUUAUAACAUUACAAAAGAUGUUAAAUCAUGUGCAGAGUUUAUUGACAAUGCACUGAAUGGAGAUGAAAAUAAUAGAGUACUUGUUCAUUGUUCAAGAGGAGUGAGUAGAAGUGCCUCCAUAGUAACAGCCUACUUGAUGUUGAAGAAGGGAAUGACAUUUGAAGAAGCAUACUAUGGUAAUGUAAAGAAGAAACGUUCCAUUGUUUGUCUCAAUCAAGGAUUUGCAGAACAAUUAAAAGGCUUGUAA